CAGCAAUAACCUAUUUUUAUUGCAGCCUAUUCUAGUGAAGACUUAUAGCAACUAGCAUCACAGUUUUACUUCAUGUCAGUGUGAUUGUAGUCCUCAUUUGAUCAACAUCUUUUUGAUUCAAAUGCCACCACUAUGGCUGCUUGUUGUAUCUUUUCCUCCUUUUCUUGCUCUGUGAUGCGGUUCACAUGCAUGCACUCAUCACCUCUCCUGUCCUUUUUCUCUCCUUUUGCCCACCCUGCAGUCCUCAUAUCCAACCACACACUCUCCCACAGCUCCCCAAGAUACAGUCCCCUCUGUUAAUGACUCCCCCUCUGGUGUUCGCCCCAGUGGACCCCACCUCAGGUCCCAAGCUGGUCAAAUGUGAGAGGUGGCCUCUCCUGGGGCGCCAUGACCCCCGGGAGCCCCCAGACACUUUUGAUUAUGAGAGCAUUGUCCCUGACUUGGAGAAUGAUGACAUGUUUGCCAGGCGGACCCUGGCCUUCCAGUCCAACACGGACCUCGCUAUGAUGAAGACGCAACUGUCCACCAACCGCCGUCGCUACACAUCUGAGCCGCAACUCAAUAUUGUCACCCAGCGACACGGCCGUGGCAGCCCCGAGGACGACGAUUAUCCUGACAUCGAGCAGGACGAUGUGGUGUAUCGUAAGGAAAAAACCCAGCAGACUCAGCAACAACGGCCACUCUCGGGAGCCCCUGAUAACUAUGCCCCCAUGCCCAUCCCAGAGCCAUGGGCUCUGCCUCCUGAGCUGAAAGCCAGACUCCUCUGCCCCCCAUGUCCUCUGACCCAGGAAGCAGCGGCAAAUAAAGAGAAUGAGAUUGAGAAGGAGAUGCGUCCUAAGACGGAUGACAUGCUGGUACGGAAGAUCGGAGUUUGUUCCAAUCAGAGCCAGAGCUCACUUAGAGGCCCAUCGGCCAAUGGGAUGACUCCCUCUGUGCCUUCCUCCUGUAGCGAAGGUGACCUGCAGAGGUGGCAGGCCAUCAGGGAAGCCAGUCAGAUAAGAUAUAAGAAGAAGCUUUUGGUGGAGAGGUUAGCUGCUCUGAAGUUGUAGAAAUGGAUUGAUGUAACAAUGCCUGUUAGUUUCUCUUUACUUUGUAGAUUUAUUCUUCCAUUUUCCAUUUCAGUCUUGAAAUAUUUUCUGUCUGAUGCUGAAUUGGUCUUGACAGCAUGUUAAACCGACUUUUUAAGGAUCGGUUUUAAAGGCCUUCAGAGUUAGAGAUGGGGGUUUUACACAGUUAAGCUCGUUUCUGAAAACUAAUUUGUGACUUUUUGCGUUCACUGGAUCAGUCGUGGGUUUUUUUUAACAGAAACCACAGUGAAGCAAAUGCAGAGAAAUUCACAACAAAGUUGAACUUUUUCUUGUUUUGAAUGUUUGUUGUUACCUCAGACUUGAAAGAGUGUUCAUCAAUCAAUAAAACUGUAAUGAAAGGAAGUUCAUUAUGGUUUUCUGUAUAAUGGGUAUUUGGUAUAUUUUACCUGACAAACACACGGAAUGUAAAUGCAGAGUGGAUGUCCGGACUGCACAUUAAAACUGCGGCUGCUGUGUAUUUUGAAGUGUGAUUGAUGAGCAAAACAUAAAUACUCUCUCACGUUGUUUGGUUCAUGAUGACUAUUGUUAAACAGACCCAAACUCUGCAUUUUAUUUUUGGUUUUCUUCCCCUAUCAGACCGAGUU